AGAUAAACACAAUUUUGCUCAUUAAUCCUAACAAGAAAAAACAUGCUAUGAAUAAUCAUCGCUAUUCUAAAAUACAACUGAUGCAUGAUUAGCCACCAUACAUUUAUUUCUCAGCGCAGAAGAAAGAAGACCACUAGAAGAAAAGAGGAUGUCUAUCAUUUUGUCAAUGAUUAUUUUGGGAGUGGUAAUGAGAGGGGGUCACGCAACACCAGGAACCGAUACGAAGCUUUCUAAGCAUGGUUUUGGUCCCUUGACCUUCAUUGCCCAAGCUCCAGGCCCUCGCGGCCCUCCAGGAUCUCCCGGCACCCCUGCUCACGUGAACUGGAAGCAGUGCGUAUGGACCAACAUCAACGAGGGAAAGGACGUAGGCUUGAUCAAGGAGUGUGCGUUUAACAAGCACAGUGACAGCACAGCUUUGCGUGUAGCUUUUGAUGGAGAUUAUCGAGUCGCAACAUGCGUGGGUGCCACAUGCUGCAAGCGCUGGUACUUCACGUUUAACCACCAUGAGUGUAAACAUCCAGCCCCCAUUGACGCAGUACAACAUCACGCCGCCGACAUAUCUGGUCACAACGUCCAUGAACAUCGCCAUGUCGAGGGCUAUUGUCAGGGGAUCGCAAAGGGUCAAGUGCGCGUUGGUUUCUGGGUAGACUCAUGCAAGUUCAGCCCUCAUGAUGGCCCAGCGGACGCGUACACGGGCUGGAUGUCCUCCACGAGAAUCGUGAUUGAAGAGGUGCCCGGACCACAAGCGUAGAGACACGUCACGUUGUGUAUCGCAUUUCAGUUGGUCAAAAAUUAAACUGGGCUUUUCUGCUUAUAAA